AUGACUGUCCAGAAGCUGGUGGCCUCGGCUGUGCUGGUGGCCCUUGUGUCUCUGGUGCUCAACAACGCGGCGGCCUUCACCCCUCAUUGGGUGCACCAAACGCUGGAGGACGGGCGUCAGCGCAGUGUGGGGCUCUGGAGGGCCUGCUGGCUGCCGGACCGGACACGCAGCGGGCCGCCCGAGGAGCACCAGUGCCAGGCUCUGAGCUGGGGCUCGGAGGCAGCUGGCUUCCAGGAGGCUCGGGCCACCGUCAAAUUGCAGUUUGACAUGAUGCGCGCCUGUAACCUGGUGGCCUCAGCGGCCCUGGCAGUGGGCCAGCUCACCUUCGUGCUGGGCCUGGCCGGGCUACCCCCAUGCUGGGAGGAGGCCACUGCCGCUGCGUUCCAGCUGGCAAGCUUUGUGCUGGUCAUCGGUCUGGUGACCUUCUACAGGAUCGGCUCCUACACCAGCCUGUCGUGGUCAUGCUACCUGAACAUCGGCGCCUGCCUCCUGGCUACCCUGGCAGCUGCCGUCCUCAUCUGGGACAUUCUGCACCGCAGGGAGGACUGCAUGGCACCCCGGGUCAUUGUCAUCCGACGCUCACUCACAGCCCGUUUCCGCCGAGGUCUGGACAAUGACUAUGUGGAGUCCCCCUGCUGA